UGGACACUGAUGAAGACAAUCAGUGUGACUGAAUAUUUAAAUUACGAAAAGGGGAAGUUCUCCAAGAGUAAAGGUGUUGGAGUGUUUGGUGAUGAUGUGAAAAAUACAAAUAUCCCUGUCGAAGUAUGGAUAUACUUGCUGACGAACAGGCCUGAGGUGUCUGACACACUAUUUACAUGGAAAGAUUUGCAAGCAAAACUGACUGGCGAGUUACUGAAUAACUUAGGCAACUUUGUUAACCGAGUUCUGACUUUUAUAGCAAAGCCUGAACCUGCAGGUUAUGGGUCUGUCAUUCCUGAUGCUCCUGGUGCUGAAUCUCAUCCUUUAACGCACUCUCUGGCUGAAAAUGUUGGAAAAAUUUGUGGAGCAGUAUGUUGAAGCCAUGAAAAGGUCAAGCUCAAGCAAGGGCUGAAAAUCGCUAUGAGCAUCUCGAAUGAAGGGAACGCAUACUUGCAGGAAAACCAAAUUUUGGAACUUUACAAGGAAGAUAAACCUUCUUGUGCAAUUGUUAUAAGAACUGCUGCUGGUUUAGUACACCUUCUUGCACAAUUGUUAGAACCUUUCAUGCCAUCUUUCUCCCGUGAGGUAUUUAAACAGCUAAAUUUGCCUCUACAAUUUUCACUCUCUGACGAGGGAGGAGAGGUUUUAUUAGCAAGUAGACCUUGGGAGAUUCUGCCACGCAAUCACAAGAUAGGCACCCCUCAACCAUUGUUCAAGGAAUUGACAGAUGAAGAAGUGCAACUAACAGAAAAUUUUGAGGGAAGUCAGUCUGAUAGACGUGGUAGGGAUGCAGAAGCCGCAAAUAUGGCGGCGGAUCAACUUGAGAAAACAAAACUUUCAGAUGCUAAAAAGCAAAAGGCAUCAAAAGGUGCAGCAACAUCCAAAACUCAACAGGCUGCUGAUCUUGAAAUUACCAUGGCAAGACUUGAUAUUCGAGUCGGCAAAAUUCUGAAGGCUGAUAAACAUCCCAACGCAGAUUCACUGUAUGUGGAAGAAAUUGAUGUUGGAGGAGGUGAGAUUCGGACUAUUGUUAGUGGAUUGGUCAAGUAUAUACCUGUUGAGGAGAUGCAGAACCGUUUGGUUUGUGUUCUUUGCAACUUGAAGCCGGCGAAAAUGAGGGAUGUUAUGUCACAAGGAAUGGUUCUUGCCGCUUCCAGUAGCGACGGCAGCAAGGUGGAGUUAGUCGAGCCCCCUGAGUCGGCUGAGAUUGGAGAGCGAGUUAGAUUUCAAGGGUUUGAAGGCGAGCCAGACACUGUCUUAAACCCGAAGAAGAAAGUAUGGGAGACGCUUGUGGUGGAUCUGCACACAGAUGAGAAUCUAGUUGCUUGCUACAAAGAUUUGCCCUUCAGUACAGAUGCAGGUGUAUGCAAGGUUUCCUCCAUCACCAAUGGCACGAUCCGGUAGAUCUUUUUGUUCUCCAUUUCUAAUCUCUCUUUUGAGAGGAAACCAGUUUUCUGAUCUCGUUUGAAGAAUUGAGAUUUUUUAUUAAAACAAACAUGUCUGUUGAAUUCAUAACUAUGGUUUGAGAGAGAACUAGAUUGUGACCCGCGCUUCAAAAAGCGCGGACAUCUGAUUUUGUUGACGGUUUUGAUAAAAAAUUUACAUGAAUUUAAAAUU